AUGGCGAAGAGAGCUCUACCUCAGAGCAAGGCUAAAGCCAACCCAAAAAAGCGGAAACUUCCUAACAGCGAGUCAAGCCGCAAGCCCAGUGCCAAUGUAACCCCAAGAAUGCAAACCCCUUCAGGAGAAAUGGCGGGGACCUCCGAAGAUAUCGGUCCCCCAGCUGAAGUGGGUGCAGCGGAUAGACUCGAGCCGAUUGAUGUGAGCAUUCUCUGGAAUAAAGGUCGAGGAGAGAUGCAGGAGACACUCGACAACGCUCGCGAAAACAACAUCACUCUUCCGGACUUGAAGAUGCGCUUCAAACAGGACCCAAGACUUUUCAAGUCUACCUUUGCGUUCAAAGACUCCAUUAGGCGCAUGUACAACUGCCAAGAAAUCGGUAUGAACAUCAAGACACUUGAACUUUCUUACAGAUUUAUUGAACACGAAGUGGACGUUGAUCUCAUGCGUGCCGAAUGGAGAAAGGUAUUGGAGAUCUUCAAUGGAGAGCAGAAUUCGAAUUUUAUCGUGCAUGUUGUAUUCCAACCAACUGCUGGCCCAGGCGCAAAUAUCUUUGAAAGCUUUGAAGUGCCUCCGCCACUCAGAUCCUGGUUUGAUACUCAAAAGCUGGACGUACGUUUGAACAAGCGGCCAAUUGCGGAACGCAAACGAAGACUCAAAAGAUUCUUGAAGAACUCAAGGAGAAAUUUGGAAAGCGAAAUCGGGAAUGCCCCUGAGCCAAAGCGUUUUAGUUCGAAAAAAUAUCUACUUCGGUACUACUCAAACUUCGACGUCCGAAAGGAAGAAGAACGGCGAGACUGGCAGAAAGAUCUGUUGGCCAACCUCAGCUGCAACGCUCAAGCAGCUCAAGUAACCCUUGAUAAGCUUCCCGUUGAUUUGAACAAUGCAGAGAAGAUCUCGGUUUCGACCACCCAGGGCGAAUUUCACAGAAGGGCCGUCGAAGAAGAACCAUCCAACAUGAAGGUAGACUCUCCCUGCAACAACGAGAGAUCUAUGCUGAUUAGUUUCGUUAAGGACACGUCCCUGACUGAGGCCGAAUAUAUUGUUCUUCAGAAAGCCUUCUCAGGCACUGACAACCGCUCAGGGCCACCAGUCGAUAUAUGCCUGCAGCUUCUGAUGGCCACGGAGCAGGAUCAUGGUCUGUACAAGUCCGAGAUGCUCGCGAAGUUCACCAACUCUCAAUUCUACCAUUACCAGAUAUCCGGUGCGGUCGGUAUCAUUUUGAAGCUAUACGGCCACAUUGACCCUCAGGUUCUGCUUGAGAGCACCAACUGUUUAGAUCAUCCUCGGGCGGAAGAGGUUCGUGAGGCAGCCGCAGUCCUAAACUCCGUUUGCCUCCAUGGGGCUAUACUUGCGGACGAGACUGGCUUUGGCAAAACCAAGCAAUCAUUGCUAGCUGCCGUCCUCCAUACCUUCUUGUACAACGAAAGGGACAGGCGCGGGAACAAGUGUCAUAGGCCUAUUCUCCUUACUGUUCCACCUACACUCAUCUCGCAAUGGUUAGCCGAGAUUCGUACUCACUGGCCAUGGUUCUUUCCUAUCUUAUCCUACGAGGAUCCGAUAUUCCAGAAGGACACCAAAUUGACAAUUAUUCCUGCUGCUGCUAUGAGAAACAUAUCGCAUCCUACGACGAUGCCCUCCAACUUGAAAUACGUCUUCGACAUCCACGAAGUGAAUGCAGGUAGGUCAAUUAUCAUCACAUCAUACACUACUCAUAGGCUGCGAGCCGGCCAUGUGGAAGAAAAACGCAUAUCAGACCUUAGUGAUCAGGAGUAUUUCCCAUGUCGGUUCCAACCGCAGAGGAAAGCCAAGGAUAAAGUGGUCAACGUUUGGGAGACGCACCAUGGAGGCAGGUAUUCUCUCUGGAUAGCGGACGAGGCUCAAAAGGUGAAGAAUAAAACAACAGAUACCUGGGCCGUCAUGCGCAUUCACAACUUCCCGAAAACGAUUUUAGCCACAGCCACACCUAUGUUUAAUGCUGCCUCGGAUUUGGUCGGCUUAGUUAGUCUGUUAUGGCCAGCGGCUAGGGAGACGCUAAGCACAUACCUUGAAAUGCAUCCUGACGACGUUGAGGCGGUCGAUAUGAUCAAGCAAGUCUGCGCCGGGGCCGCUGAGAUCGACCUUCCUGGCAUUGAUCUUCUGAAUCCAAUUCGCAUUGAAUUCAUGAACCCGGCAUCCCUUACUAGAAUAUUCAACAGCAGGCGUCUAGACGACAAGCAUCUGAGGGUAGCAACACAGUAUUGCGAGCUGCUAGAUAUGAUUAGCAUUCAACGCUCGCAGGGUUCGGCCUUGAUGAGCUCUUUGGGGGAGCGAAUUCCGCUAAAAUCGCUCUUCAAGACAAUAACGUACAAGACUGCAGCGACCAAGCUCUUUUGCACGGAAGAAUUAGAAUAUCAACUGUGGCAUAGAGAGGCUGCGAAGGAUUACUCAAGCGAGCUCAUGCUCAUGCCACCCCAAGAGGUAGUCGCACCACGAGGGAUUGUUCUGAAGCAAGAGCGGCCUAGAUUUUUUGGACAAACAACCCCGUUACGCAGGUUAGGAAUGGCUGCGUUCUCUACAAAAAUGGCUCGCCUGAACGCUGUCAUGGAAAGCAGCAAAGGAAACACUUUUGUCGAAACUUUGAGGCUAUGGAGAGCGAAACAGCUCAAUGCCAGUUUUAUCCACGAUCUUACCCGCGGAGAAGGAGAGCAGCGUGCAAAUACAGCAAAUGACCUCAUUUCCUACCUUGUCGAGGGCUGCCCAGUGGCACGGCUAGUUUGUCAGGAAAUUCUUGCCAUUAAGGCCCUUGAACCGGUGAACAAGGAAUUCUUUGGUCACCACCAAAAACUUAUAGUUGGGGAGGUGCUGCCUGCAAAUGCCUUUUACCUUCAAGAGAUUCUUAGGGCAUGCUUGAUUGAUGCUAGAGUGUUUCAUGCCGAUCUAUCACACCAAGCCAGGAGUCAGAUGGUAGAUCUUUUCAACAAUCCCCAGAGUACGCUCAAGGUUCUCAUCAUGCUUUAUGAUGUUGGCUCCAUAGGCCUGAAUCUACACAAAGCAUGCAAUCAUGUUGUUAUUGCUAGUCUGCCUCGAAGCCGAGGACAAGAGAGUCAAUUGGCGGGUCGUGCCUCGAGGAUCACAUCCGAGUUCCCUCUGACCGUAGUCAGAAGAGUGACACCCAAUUCGCAUGAUCAGUUCCGCAGCGUAAGGCAGGCUGAAAAAGCGGCGCUACAGCUUGCUGCUAAUGCCAGAGAUCCCUGUAUCACAGAACUAGUCCUGAAGCUUUUGAAUGAGUUUCAACAGGAGGUUGAUAAAUGCUAUGAAGAUCCUGCACUUUCUGGCCUUCGAGAUGCUAUCCACCGCGGUGAAGCAAUCAAAUACUUCCAGCGUCAAUCGGGGAUCAUUCCAGAUACCAAGGCAGUUAAUCCUUUCAAAAACCAGGCGUCUGCUUCCACCGACACACCAGAGACUGCCCACUCCCUCGACGAUCAAACCCCAAAUCCAACCGACGGUCGUCAGCUCAGAGCACGGACCGGAACUGAUGAUAAUGUUGGUCUUUUUGUCAGCGGCAGUGAAUUCAGCGAUUCCGACAGCGACGACGGUCGGUCUCUCAAUGAGGAUGAUCCCGAGUACUACAAUAAUUAUACCGAUUCAGAGGACGAGGAACUCGACGGGACAGGUGCUAUCGACUCCGACGAUGAUCUUUGCUCAGCUGAUGCGGAUUACGAAGACGAGGAGGAUAUUUCCGAACUUGAAAUGUUCCUGUCCGAGUGUCAACCGGACGAUUUAACCCGCCAUCAUUACGCCUUACUGCAAUAUGGCCCUGGCAGAGAGUGGGAAGAGGAUGAUCUUUUGGAUAACGAGCACUUGAAGCUAGGGCUAAGAUUGCUAUACAACAAGAUCAGUGGCUUGGACAUGCUGCAUCUAACCAAAUCCAUUCAUAUCUUGUACAAGCAGUUUCCUAAGGCGAUGAUUGACCAGAUGGGUAAAGUCAAGAAUCCGGAUACAAGGAGGCGGAGAAGAGCAAGGAAGACGGCGAUGUACAAAGAUGAUAAUAAAGACUGA